AUGACGCCUAAGGAGGAUAUCGAGGUCACUCACGAAGAUCAACAAAGAAUAAAUAGUUUUUCCAUUUGGAAUCUAAAAUACCGGGAUUUCACUGGCGAAUAUGAACAAAAGAAGAAGGAACUCGCGAAUUUGAAUGAUGCUGAAGACGAACUUAUUCUUUCAGAGUUGGAUACGCAUCCAUAUCUCGUCGGAGAAACCUUCUUUCAUCUGCCGACUGAUGAUGUGAAUACAGAGCUUUCAGCUGAGAAAGAGCGUGUCCAAUCUCGAGCCGCCGAACUUGAAGAGCUUAUAUCUGACAGUCGAACACAUAUGCUAGCUUUGAAGAAGGAGUUGUAUGCUAAAUUCGGGAACCACAUUAAUUUGGAGGAGGACUAA